AAAAAGGUAUAAAAAGAACUUUUCCAAAAAGUUCCAGUUUCUUCAUUCAUUUCCCUGAUAUACAAUUUUAAACAUGCCUUCUAUCUCUAUUGGUCAAUACCUUCUCAACCGUCUUAAGGAAGUCAACAUUAGCACUGUCUUUGGUGUUCCCGGUGAUUUCAACAUGCCUUUGUUGGAUCUUAUUGAAGAUGAUAAAGAACUUCUUUGGGGUAACAACGCCAAUGAAUUGAACGCCUCUUACGCUGCUGAUGGUUAUGCUCGUAUUCGUGGUGCUGGUGCUGUUGUAACCACAUUUGGUGUUGGUGAACUUUCUGCCGUAAAUGGUAUUGCUGGUUCUUAUGCCGAAAUGCUCCCUGUCAUCCACAUUGUUGGUACUCCUUCCACCAAGUCUCAAGCUGCUGGUGCUAUGCUUCACCACUCUCUCGGUGAUGGUAACUUUGAUGUCUUUUAUCAAAUGUCUGCCAAGAUUACUGCUGCUUCCACUCACUUGAGAAAGCAAAAUGCUCUUUCCGAAAUUGACCGUGUUAUUUCCAAGGCUGUUCUCGCUAAGCGUACUGGUUAUAUUGGUAUUCCUAUUGAUCUUAUCAACAUGGAGGUUGAGAUUCCUGACCAACUUCCUCCUCUUCUUGUGAAUCUCCCCAAGAACCCCGAACAAACUCAAGAAAUUGCACUCAAGGUUGUCACUGACGCUAUUGCCAAGGCCUCUCAUCCUGUUAUCAUUGUGGAUGGUUGUGUUCUUCGUCAUGGUUGCCAAAAGGAAGUUGAAGCUUUGAUUAAGCGUUCUGGUUUCCCAACUUAUGUUGCCCCUAUGGGUAAGGGUGCUGUGGAUGAGACGCUUGUCAACUACCGUGGUUGUUACUCCGGUAACAUCACACUUGAAAGCAUUGAUAAGGAAAUCCACAAGGCUGAUUUGAUUAUUGAAGUGGGUUCUGUCAAGUCUGAUUUCAACACAGGUAACUUUUCUUACUCUCUUGAUCGUUCCAAGACCAUCACACUUCACUCUUUUGCCACAAUUGUCUUCUGCGCUGAAUACCAAAAAGUAUCCAUGAUGGAAUUCAUUCCUCUCUUGAUUGCUGCUCUUCCCGAAAAGCCUCGCUCUUUUGAACUCGGACCUCGUGGUAAACCCGAAGCCAUCAAGGAAGGUAAUGAAAUUACACACAACUACUUCUGGAACAAGGUCCCCGAAUUCAUGGAAGAAAAUGCUAUCAUCUGUGCUGAAACUGGUACUGCUGAAUUCGCUUGCUUAAACAUGGACGGUCCAAAGGGCUCUACUUACAUUACACAAUUUGUUUGGGGUUCUAUUGGUUUCACAGUAGGUGCUGCUGUCGGUGCCGCCCUUGCUGAUCGUAGUCGUCGUGUCUACUUGUUUGUUGGUGAUGGUUCCUUCCAAUUGACUGCUCAAGAGCUCUCUGUCUUCCUCCGUCAUGGUCUUACACCUGUUAUUUUCUUAUUGAACAAUGACGGUUACCUUAUUGAGAAGCUUAUCCAUGGUCCUCAUCGUAGUUACAACAACUUCCAAAUGUGGGAAUACAGUAAAGCCCUUGAUUUCUUUGGUGGUCGUCUUGAAAAGAACUUGGCUAAUGGUUCUACUCCUGUUGGUUUCGAAGGCAAGGUCACUAACCGCAACGAAUUUGAAGAAGCCAUGAAGACUGUUCAAUCUCAACCUAACAAGAUUCAUUUUGUUGAAGUCAUUAUGCCUCAAUUUGAUGCUCCUCGUGAACUUGAACUUUUGGUUGCUCUUUCUGAAAACCGUUAAACAUCUUUAUCGUUUCAUGUACAAUUUAUUCCUCUCUUUUCAUUCUAGUAUAUAAUAGAUUCAUUCACACACACACGAUUAAAAUAUGGGUUAUUACAAUAAAGUAAUUUACUGUCACUUUUUGUUUCAUAUUCAAGUCUUUUUUAAAACAGAAUGACGAAAAUGAAAGAAAAAAGAAAAGUUACACAGCAUAAACAAUUUUUGUCUCAAG